AUGCCCAAAUCUUCGGGAUCAUCGAAGUUCAUCAAACCCCCGAUGCCCUCAAUAUAUUUCACUUCAACAGAUUCGUCGAGUUUCACGUCACCUCCGACGACUUCUACCUUGGCGCGGAAUGUACCAGAAAACUACAUAAGGCUUAUAAGUUGUGAUGGAUAUGAGUUUGUUGUGGACAAGGAUGUCGCUCUUUUGUCGGGCACUAUCAAGAAUUUAUUUUCAAGUCCUUGGAAACGAUACAAAACCAAAUCCAAUUUGCCGAGAUCAAUUCCAUCACAGCGCCGUCGUCUUGGAAACGGUGAUCAAAUAUCUUUACCACAAGCGAAGGCUCAUAAACUCCCCAUCGGAUCGGCUAACAUUUCGGAUGAAUCACGUUUACGCAUUACAACUGUUUCUCGCCGCCGAUUUUUUGGAUUGCUAAGUGAGCUUCUGUUUAAGGUUUGA